GCCCUGGGGAGGAAAUGGGAGCCAAGGCGUCGUUAUUGGAGGCACCGGGGCCCGGCUCCGGUCUGGUUCCCUCUCCGACUCUGGAGAACAUCCGGGCAGCGUAUGAAGACGGAGAGGGAGCGACUGCCAGAGAGCUGAUCCAGCAAGCCUGCUGCGUGGAGUGCAGCGCAGGGAUGCCCCGCAUCGACGGGGUUCGUCUCCUGUGUGUGGCCACUCAGCACGGUGACCUGCAGAGUGUGUGUUACCUCCUGAAAGAAGCCCGAAUCACUGUUCCCCAGGAUCUGUCCAACAGUAACCCCGCCAUCCUGGCAGCUUACUACGGCCACGCCAGCCUCGUCAAACAGCUGCUCGAUUCUAUACCUG